AUGUUUGGCCUCAACCAAGAGCAGAUUGACGAAGUGGGGAAUAUAACAAGGAUUGUGGCGAGAGAUUGGCGGCAGUUGCUCGCGGGCUCCGAAGGGUUUCUUACGGGGAGGGGCAGGGCGGGAUGUGAGGGAAGGGAGGUGGUUUGGGGGGAAAUGGGCCACGUGAACAACGUCACAUACGUUCGAUAUGCUGAAUCGGCUCGCAUCAACUGGGCUCAGAAUUUUGCCAAUCACAUAGAUCCAAAGCACAAGAAGGAAUGGUCUGAGCUUUGGACACCAAAGGGUGACGGACUAAUACUACGAAGUAUGAAGACGGAUUACAAGUUUGUACAUGAAUACUCCAAAAGAACGACGUUACCGACGCCCAUGGCCUGGCCAGACCGGAUAUCAGUUUACCACAAACUUCGAGCAGCUCCCACAGCUACGACAGACUCUUUUAUCCUGGAUGUGCUGAUACUCUCCGAGCGAUAUCAGCGCCCAGCGGCAAGAUGUGUUGAGGACAUUGUGGUCUAUGACUACCGGCGCGGGGUCAAGUCGCCUUUGAGAAAUUUUAUGAUGGAGAAACUCGGGGAGACAUUCGAGCUACAGGAACAAUCAAGGAUACGGAAUGAAAGGAGAGUAAGAGACCUGCUGCAGAGAGUCCAAAGGCUCGAAAAGCAAGUUUGGGACAGGCCGGAUGCUGUGGAGGAUAUGGGAAGCGCUUGA